AUGGAUAUUCACGGGACGCAUUUGAGCGUCGGCAUUGGGCCGGACGACGAGCCGACGCUGCACUUGGCUGGUGCUCAUCACCAUCCACCGGGAGUGCAGCUGGCGGACGAAGCGACGUGGAACCCCGUCGCCCAUGAUCAGGCGGCGGCGCUGGCGGAGGUGUAUGCCAAGUACCUCUCCGUUGGCCUCUCCCGCGACCACCCGCGGGACUUGCCGCACACGGCGCAGACCAUCGACUGCGUGUUCGAAGGAGACCACGCCUGGCAUGCGCCCUCGCGCGCACUCAAGACGCUGAUGCCUCUGCCGGCGGAACACGACGCUCCCGGCGCGGUGGCGUUCACGCUCGAGGACGUCGACGAGACCUCGGACGACUACCACUCCGUGCAGAUCCUGCCCCCGCCGUACCGCCCGGCGCCCGAGAGCACCAGCAACGCCGGGCAGGCCACCGGGCAGAUCGCCCAAAGCAUGAAGAAGCUGCGCACGAUGGUCGGGGAGGUGAUGCCCGGGAAGGAGCCGGAGGCGUCGGCGACGGACAAGGCGCGCUUGGAGGCUGCGUCGGGUGCGUGGCUGGACCAAUUCGAGGCGGGGGUGUUCGGGGAGGUGCCCCCGGCAUUCCCCCCCGGGACGCUGCCGGCGUUCAGCGAGCGGCCGGCCGCGCCCGACGCGGCGGCGAGCGAGACAACCGGCGCCGAGCCAGCCGGGACGGCGGAGGAGGACGGCAAGGGCGAGGAGGUGACCGCGACGACGCUGUUCGAGGGGGUGUGGGCUGCUCAGUCCGACUGGGAGGUCCUGGAGGGCAGGGACGCCGGCGGCGAGAACGACGCGGCCGCGGACGGCGAAUUCGGCGCGGUGGGUCGCAGCGCGCCUGGGAGCGAGGCUGGCGACGAGGCCGCUGCGGAGGGCGACGCGGAUGACGAGGACCUGGGGGAGGAGACGGAGGUGGUGGAGGGGGCGGGGGGCGGUCCGGGGGGCCGCGGGGGCGUGGACAGCGCGGCGGCGUCGCGGAGGGUGGAGGAGGAGGCGGAGGAGGGGCUCGUGGCGCUGCUGGGCGACUUGCGUGCCGCGACGAAGAAGGAGGAGCAGAAGCGGUGGGCGGUGCUGAAGCACGCGGACUUCGACGUGGAGGAGGAGUUCGACCGGCUCAGGAGCAACCUAGCGAUCACGUAUCCGUUCGAGCUGGACGGGUUCCAGAAGGAGGCGGUGAUCCGGAUGGAGCGCGGGCAGUCGGUGUUCGUGGCGGCGCACACCUCGGCGGGGAAGACGGUGGCGGCGGAGUACGCGCUGGCGCUGGCGACGAAGCACCGCACGCGCGCGGUGUACACGUCCCCGAUCAAGACCAUCUCGAACCAGAAGUUCCGCGACUUCUCCGCCCGGUUCGACACCGGCCUGCUCACCGGCGACGUCUCGAUCCGCCCCGAGUCGAGCUGCCUGAUCAUGACGACUGAGAUCCUGCGGUCGAUGCUGUACCGCGGGUCGGAGAUGAUCCGCGACAUCGAGUGGGUGGUGUUCGACGAGGUGCACUACGUGAACGACGAGGAGCGCGGCGUCGUCUGGGAGGAGGUCAUCAUCCUGCUUCCGCGCCACAUCAACAUCGUCAUGCUCUCCGCGACGGUGCCCAACGUGGCGGAGUUCGCGGACUGGGUCGGGCGGACCAAGCGGAAGCCGAUCUACGUCACGGGCACCAAGAAGCGCCCCGUGCCGCUCGAACACAGCAUCUAUCUGAACGGCCAGACGUACCUCGUGGCGAGGGGGGAGCAGGGGUUCCUGUCGGACGGGUACAAGAAGGCCAAGGCGAGCGCGACGCCGGACCUGCCGCAGACCAAGAAGGCCGCGCAGCAGGCGCUCCCGACGGGCCGCGGCCCGGGCGGCCGCGGCGGGGGGCGCAACCAAGGCGGGCGGGCGCGGGCGCGGGGGCCGUGGGGGCGGGCGCAGCGACGGGUCGGUGGGCGGGCGCAGCACCGGCGCAGCGUUUGCGGCGCGUGA